AAAACCUCUUCGGCUUUCAUUCCCUGACCCUCUCGAAGGGACAGAUAACAGAAGCGCAAAGAGAUCAUCAACAUCAAUGGCGCAAAUUCCAAACUUGGACAACGCUCCAUUAAAUCUCAAAUCAAUCAGAGAGCAGUCUCAGAGAGAGCUCGUAAACAUACUAAAAAACAUUCGAGGCAAGAAGUGUUUGGUCAUUGAUCCGAAACUUAGCGGCUCACUUUCUUUGAUCGUGCCUACAUCGACACUUAAGGAGUAUGGCAUCGAAUUGCGGAUUCUUUCAGCUGAACCAGUUCAGACUGAUUGCACGAAAGUGGUUUAUUUUGUUCAUCCACAGCUUGAUUUGAUGAGAUUUAUCAGUUUUCAUAUUCGUGAUGAUGCUUCAAAAGGACUUCAAAGAGAGUACUUUCUUUAUUUUGUUCCACGUCGUGCAGUUGCUUGUGAGAAGAUACUUGAGGAGGAGAAAAUUCAUAACAUGAUUACUAUAGGGGAGUAUCCACUUUACAUGGUUCCACUGGAUGAGGAUGUAUUGUCAUUCGAACUUGACCUUGCUCUCAAAGAAUGGCAAGUUGAUGGUGAUGCAAGUUCACUUUGGCAUAUUGCAAAAGCCAUUCACAAGCUCGAGUUUACUUUUGGAUUAAUACCAAAUGUGAGGGCCAAAGGAAAAGCAUCAGUACGUGUUGCAGAUAUUCUAAAUCGCAUGCAAGCAGAGGAACCAGUCUCUUUAUCUGAUAUGAGCAUGCCAGAGAUAAAUACACUCAUCCUUAUCGAUAGGGAGGUUGACAUGGUUACUCCCAUGUGUUCUCAAUUAACAUAUGAAGGGCUGUUGGAUGAGUUUCUGCAUAUUAACAAUGGUUAUGUGGAGCUUGAUGCCUCAAUUAUGGGAAUGCAACAACAAGAAGGAAAAAAGAUCAAAGUUCCACUUAAUUCAAGUGACAAGCUAUUCAAGGAGAUACGGGAUCUCAACUUUGAAGUUGUUGGCCAGGUUCUACGUCAAAAAGCGACAUCCAUGAAACAGGACUACACUGAAGUGACUACUACAUCCCAGACAGUUUCGGAACUAAAGGACUUCGUCAAAAAGCUCAACUCAUUGCCAGAAAUGACUAGGCACAUAAAUCUUGCUCAGCAUCUAUCAACAUUCACAUCAAAGCCGUCGUUUCUUGGACAACUUGACAUGGAACACACAAUCAUUGAGGGUCAGAGUUAUGAGAUAUGUUCUGAGCACAUAGAAGAAAUUAUCCAUAAGCAGGAACCCCUUAAUAAAGUCCUGCGACUUCUGAUCUUAUUUUCUGUUACGAAUUCAGGGUUGCCCAAGAAGCAAUUUGAUUAUCUGAGGAGGGAGCUACUCCACAGUUAUGGAUUUGAGCACAUGGCUACAUUAAACAACUUAGAGAAAGCUGGAUUGCUCAAAAAACAGGAGUCGAAAAGCAACUGGCUGACAAUCAAGCGUGCACUGCAACUUGAAGUUGAAGAUACUGAUACGGCAAACCCCACUGAUAUUUCUUACGUCUUUUCUGGAUAUGCACCGCUUAGUAUCCGCCUUGUUCAGAAUGCUGUUCGAUCUGGAUGGCGUCCUAUGGAAGAAAUUUUGAAGCUGUUACCUGGACCACAUAUGGAAAUGAAGAGAGGUGGGUUCUCGAGCAGUCCAUCAUCUGACAUGUUGCAGGGGCCCCUGGGCUCUAUGGACAAAUUAGCUGAUGGAAGGCGCUCUCUUGUACUUGUAGUCUUCAUCGGAGGAGUAACAUUUGCAGAAAUUGCCACGCUCCGGUUUCUCAGUGCACAGGAAGGGAUGGCGUAUGAUUUAAUCGUCGGAACCACGAAAAUUGUGAGUGGCAAUAGCUUGGUAGAAACAUUCAUAGAGAAAUUGGGUUGACUUGUAAAGUUGUGGAUCAUCUCGUGUUCCUGAAGCUGACUGUGUUUUCUACAUUUUCUAUUUAUUAUCUUAAUGUUUUAUUGGGUUAAAAAAUGAGUUUUGUUGCCAUGAUUUCAAGCAAAUUUUAGGAAUGUUUAGCCGAUACUAGUUGUAAAGCUGUCUCUCUCUCUCUCUCUCUCUUUUUAUUUUUUGAGUAAUUUAUCCGAUGUAUUGAUUUUGUGAGGGAAUAUUA